CUAACGCGCUGACGGGCGCGCGGACCACCUCUUCACCGCACUUCAUAGCGCCUCGCCUGUCGUCUCCUCUUCAGUGUCACUACAGCCUCCUGUUGUUACUGAGCAACAACUAGAAGAUCUAUUCCGGAAACAUUACAACCGGUCCUGCAGAUGCAAACAUGAGUCGUCUCCUAGGAAUGAGUCGAGUGCAGGUGUCCCAUACUGAGGGGUGAAGAUCUGCAUGGACGAGUUCCUGGGAUGAACCGCACUCCCAUCACUGAUCAACACCUGAAACUGUUGGUUCUUGUUGUGGGCCGACGCGUUUCUAUUCGUCUGGCAGCUGAUUUGAAUUCAAGACUUUGGGAUUUAUGAUGAAGUUUAAGUCCAACCAAACCAGGACGUAUGACGGAGAGGGCUUCAAAAGACGCGCCGCGUGUCUGUGCUUCAAGAACGAAGGAGAAGAUGAGGUGCUGCUAGUGAGCAGCAGUCGGCACCCAGACCAAUGGAUCGUUCCAGGGGGGGGCAUGGAGCCGGAGGAGGAGCCUGGCGGAGCCGCCGUCAGGGAGGUGUAUGAGGAGGCUGGGGUAAAGGGGAAGCUUGGAAGACUGCUGGGAGUUUUUGAGCACAACCAGGACCGGAAGCACAGGACUUUCGUCUAUGUUCUCACCAUAACGGAGACGCUGGACGACUGGGAGGACUCCGUCACCAUCGGAAGGAAGCGGAAGUGGUUCAAGAUCGAUGAUGCCCUCCAAGUGCUGCAGAAUCACAAACCUGUCCACGCAGAGUAUUUGAUCAGACUCACCACUGCGGCCUGUGGUGCCCCCUGCAGUCCGAGCUGUGCCGACAGAAAUGGCAAUAGCCCUGUAUCCGCCCUGACCCACAACAGCAGCCCGCACCACGGCCUCUCCACGCAUAUAAUCGAUAAAACAGAAAGCCACCAAGCAGGACUUAACUGGACAUAGCCUAUCUGCUUGAGCUGCUCCCCCCGCGACCCGACCCCGGAUAAGCGGAUGACGAUGAGGAUGAUGAGGACUUUUCUAGUUCGAUAUGGAGCAGAACUAUGGGGAAGAAAAAUAGCUUCAGUUUUUUUAAUGACCUAAUUUUUGGUAAGAAAAUUAAUCGGGGAAAAAAGACCAAAGUUAUAACAGAAAUGUGCCUUUUGAUUACAAAGUGCAUUAUUAUGAAAAGCCAAGAAAUACCUAUUUAUAGGUUAAUUGUGGUUUAAAGUGCCUUUUACUCUGUAUUUAAAUGUGUUCUGAUACAUCACAACGUUUUAUAUUGAGAAUAUAUUUAACCAUACAUUAACAUUUUUGAAAUAUGAACCAUGAAAUGGUGUAAGGCCUGAGUUUACACAUUCCAGAGGAGAACGUAAUAAAGGAUGGGAUGACGUCACCGAGUUGCAUUAUUGUAAUUUUGCUGGUUUUAUUAAGUAGCCUAUGAUAUAAUUAUAAACACAUGUCAACAAAGCAAUGCAUCACAUCAUGGUCAUU